AUGCCUUCAUAUGCAAAGUUUUUGAAGGAGCUUCUCACGAAGAAACGAAAGUACACUGACAAGGAGACCAUUGAAGUACAAGGAAAUUGUAGUGCAAUCAUACAAAAGUUAUUGCCUCCUAAGCUUCAAGAUCCAGGAAGUUUCACCAUUCCAUGUACCAUAAGAGAUUUGGAAGUUGGAAGAGCUUUGAUUGAUUUGGGAGCUAACAUUAAUCUAAUGUCGCUUUCUAUGUUCAAAAGGAUUGAAGGCUUGGAACUCAAGCCUACUAGAAUAACUCUUCAACUAGCAGACAUGUCUCUUAAAUACCCUUAUGGGGUGUUUGAAGAUGUGUUGGUGAAAGUGGACAAAUUCUUAUUUCCAGUGGAUUUUUUCAUAAUGGAGAUGGAGGAGAAUGGAGAUGUGCCUCUCAUUCUAGGGAGACCAUUCAUCAAGACAACUAGAGUCUUAAUUGAUGUGGAGAAUGACAAGCUUAAAGUAAGGGUGCAAGAUGAAGAGGUGAACUUUGACGUGUUCAAGGCCAUGUCACACCCUAAGGAUGAUAAAGCAUGUUUCCAAGUUGACAUUAUUGAUGAAGUUUGUAUGAUGCAAGGGAAGAAGGUGUGUGAUGCUUCUCCACUUGAAAGAACUCUCAUUAAUGAAUGUGAAGAUUUGAAUGAGGAAGAGGAGAAGUUAAUUGAUGAGUGCUUGACGGAUUUGGAGGCAUUAAAAGAAAUCCCAACGGAUGAGGAUAGUUUUAGGAAGAUUGAUACCAAGGAAGAAGUCAAAGAAAAGACGGUGUCGCUACCGGAAUCGUGA